UUAUUUUGUUUAUGUCGCCUAAUCUGCUCUGUCUGCUGUCGACGUCGACAACACGGUGGAAGACUUCGGGAAGUACUAGCUACUAAUGUUUUACCUACCGACGGCUGGCCAUAGUGUAGUCGCCGGGGCGCAGAGAACCCGUGUGUGUGUGUUGCGCAGGCUGCGGAUUGUGUGUGAGUGAGGGCGAGGAUGAGGAGGGUGAUGAUGCUAGCAGGAUGAUGAAGAAGCAGUGUCGUGGUGGAUGACAACAAGCUGAGAGAGACAGACCAGAUGGGGGCGGACGCCAGUAAAGCCAGCAAGAGACCCCCAGCAGGGUCAGGGGAAAGAGAAGAGACUCAAUGUUCUACAGGAUGGAGAGGAUUAUUUUCCUCCGUUGGUCUGUCCAUCCCUGCAAGCCUCUGUCGCCUGGCCCCUCCCACCCUGCGGCUCGGCCAUCGGAGGAUGAUCAGAGAUAAGGCCCCGCCUAUCCCGGACCAGGUGUUAGGGGGAGGAGGGCCAGAUAGACUGAGAGCAGAGUGGAGUCUACCUGGCUUCAUUUCCAUGUUCCUCCCUGAGUUCCCUCACAGAGCUGUACCAGGACACCAACACUUCCAGGUGUUGGGAUAUAUCGCCAAAGGAUCCUUUGGUCCCAUUCUGAAGGUGAAGGACAAGGCCAAGCAGAAAACCUACGCCGUCAAGGUAAUCCCUAAGUCAGAGAUCCUGAGGCUGGGCGUUCUGGAACAGUCUAAAGAAGAAGUUAUAGUACAGCGUCAGGUGCGUCACCCGUUCGUCCACGACCUUCAGGACUGCUGGCAGACACAGAGACACCUCUACAUUAUGUGUGACUACUGCAGUACCGGGGACUUGUAUACAUACUGGGUGAUGAUUGGCCAGUUCAGCGAGGACGCUGUCAGGGUGUUUGCUGCAGAGUUAGGCUGCGCUCUCGGGUUCCUCCAUGAUGUUGGGAUCAUCCACAGAGAUGUGAAGAUGGAGAACAUUCUGCUCACAGAUCAAGGCCACCUCCGUCUGGCUGACUUUGGUUUGUCUCGUCGUCUGGAGAGAGGAGGAAGAGCCUUCACUAUCUGUGGGACCAUCCAGUACAUGGCCCCUGAAGUUCUGAGUGGGGGACCCUACAGCCACGCAGCUGAUUGGUGGUCGCUGGGAAUCCUCCUCUUCUCAUUGGUCACUGGGAAGUUCCCAGUCCUGCCUGAACCAGACCACUACAGUAUGUUGAGGAGAGUGAGGUGUUUCCCCUACGACAUCCCCCUCAGCUUCAGCCCUCCACUGGCUCUACUUAUCACUGAGCUGCUGUGUAAGACACCGACGCGGCGGCUGCGGACCCUGGAUCGUUUCAAACGGCAGACCUUUUUCCACGGAGCGACCUUUGACCUGGCGUUACUACAGCGACGACCUGUGGAGGUCAUCUUGGCACUGCGGGAGCGUCCUGACCGGCCGGCCAAAGCCCGAAGAGGACUGACCCUGUCUCUGCAGCCGUUAAGAGGCUUCGACUACGAUACCCUGCUCAGCCCUGCAGGGACGCCUGACACACACCUGGACGACCCCGAUACACACACACACUUACACACACCGCUACCUGGCCCGGGCUGCCAGAAUCACCUUGGACACACACACUCUUCCAUGCCCAGCUCCACACACACUCACAGGCCUCCGACACAUGGGAAGAAGGAGAUGUUUGUGUGAAAAGGACCUACAGACACUCAGAGAAUGGAGAAAGGUCACACACACACCGUAGCCAGCUGGGAGCAUGACGUUCUAGGACUAUGACAUUCCUUGAUGUCACAGGAAGUCCCCUGCCCUUUAGCUCCUCCCUCUCCUGUAGAAUAUUUGAGUAAUAAAGAUAUGUUCAGAUUUGUAAACUGAAAUCGAAAAAUUACACAAAAAAACAACAUAAUAUAUACACACACACACAGAUCUGGUCAUUCCAGGGUGUUUCUUUAUUUUUUACAUUGUUGAAUAUUAGUGAAGACAU